GUACUUCGUAUGUACCUUUAAGGGGACUUGGCAUUACCUUCGCCGGCGAGCUUCCGAUGCGCAACUGAGCAUCUCAAACAAAAUAGGGAUCUGGGUAUUCAUCCAUCCAGAUCUCAACACACGCAAGAUACAAAGAUCCCGAGCUCUGAGGCCCUCUGUUAUUCUCGAACUCAGACCGAUUCCCACCAGACACAUAUAUACCCCGUGCGAUCCGUCAGACUAAACACCAAACCCAUGCGCCUACAAUGUUCCGCUUCAACUUCCUCCUGCUCCUAGUCUUCGGAGCUCUGAUAUCUCUAACAAUAGCAACCUCCGCCCCAAUAUUCUGCAAAUGCACCUGUUUCAAAAACAGCACCCUAAUCCAACUCGGGCCUCAAUCGUCCUGCGCCCAAUGUACACACGCAUACUGUCUCUCGCAGAACCUACCAAUCUGCACCUCCCCCAGCAAAGAAAUCUCCGACACCGACGUCCAAUCAACAUGCAUCCAGCGCGACAGCCGAAAGGACCAGAUCAUAGUCUGGGGCUUCAUACUGGGCACCGCCGGCCUUCUAGGCUGGGCCGGCGUGAAGCGCGUGAACGAGGUGCGUGAGGGGAGGAGGAAUAAGAUGAGAGCUGCUGCUGCUGGUACUGCUGGAUCAGGUGGUGGUGAUAGGGGCCCGUAUAUCCCCGUCCGGGGCUGAAGAACAAAACAAAGCUUGGGAUGAAAUGACCAUGUAGGUAGGUACAGGUUUCAUUAUCUCUAGGGAGUUAUUGGACUUGUAUAUGGGAACAGAAAGCAUCUCAUCAUCUGUUGUGUCGCUGGCGUUCGGAGUUCCGAGUUUUCACUCUUCUUGAACGCUUAGAUGGUGGAUAGAUACACAUAUAGCCACUUCUACCACGACGUGUGUUCAGAAACUAAUGCGGUAUGUAUAUAUACUCCGUGUUUUAUGCUGCCAUGACAAGCAUCUCAAUAUCAGAUCGCGCGACAAAGAGCGAAUAACAGCCAUACACUUCAGU